GCUCCCAGAGCCGAGACCCCGGAGAGCCAUGGCUGGAAAGGGCUGGGCUCGGGGGCCUUCUCCUCACGACGCUGCCGGGCCCUGGGGAUAACCACGUGCUAGCGACCCCCUCCCCCCCGGGCAGCCUGGGCUGGGCCCCCGGGAGCCCUGAGCGCGCGCACUCCUCCGCCCCCCGCGGCAGCCCCGCGUCCGCCCACGCCCCUGCCCGCCAUUGGGGCCUGUGUCGGGAGCCCCUCCCCAAGCGGGCCGGGCCGCGCUGGGUGCAGCAUGGCCGGGGAGCCGCGCGGACCGCCGGUGAAGGUGCUGGCCGCCCAGCUGCGGCAGUGCCGGCUGGCCGCGGGCGGGCCCUGGCUGCUGGGACGGGAGGAGGCCGGGCGGGGCCCGCUGGCCGUGCCGGUGGUGUGGAUGCAGGGCACGGUGCUGGCGGUGGAGGCCGGGGGCGCCCGGGGCGGCUCGGCCCGGCUGCAGGACGAGAGCGGCCCCUUCACGGUGCUGGGGGUGGAGGGGGUCCCCAAAGGGCGGCCAUGCCUCAGCGCAGGAAAGUAUGUAAUGGUGAUGGGCUUGGUACACUCCUGCAGUCCAGAGCCUAUUCUUCAAGCUGUGAAGAUGACAGAUCUUUCUGAUAAUCCUAUACACAGGAUCAUGUGGAGCUUUGAGGUGGAGGAUUUGCACAGAAACAUUUCUUAGAUGCUGUGUAUUUUUGUCAGCAGCCUAAAGGACCUGGAAACAUAAAUGUUUGCUUUUACACCACAUGGACCUCAGCUCAAAGCAUUAGACUGUCAGGAGUAGUUAUAGCCUCAUCUGGAGAAUACUUUGAUAGUUAGUGGAUUAAGAUAUUUGACUAACAGUUUUAAGAGUUAUGGACAGGAGACCAAAUUUACCAUUGGAGAAAAUGGGUACAGCUCUAUUGACUUCAGUGAAUUUGACUGAGAUUCAAGAUUUAGAGAUCUUUAUGCUCAUGAUAAUCAUAGAGAGAUGGUUCAUUCCCUGCUCCAAUAAUGUUUUAUGGCAACAGACUAAACUGCAUUAACUUUCCAAAUAAUAGUGGGUAUUUGAAUACUAGCUCCAUUAUUAUAGCUGUUAGAAUGUAGGGUUAGGCAGUCAUAGUACUAUAUUCUGUCCUCCAUUUUGCAUAAUACUCUUGCUCCCAAUGUGAAUUCUAUACCUGGAAUGAGGGCAGAAUAUGGUACAUACUGUUUAGAUUGUGUUUAUGGUAAGGAAAUGAUACCUUGGCUCCAUGCUUUUUCUUUCAAUAACAUCCAUAUCCAGUUUGCUUUGUUUACAAGACAUAUGUCUUUUCUAACCGUAAGCAUAGUUUGGUGCCUAAAACUCUGCGGGUCCAGCAUUCAUCUCUACAAUAUUAAGAGUAGCCUGGUAACAAAACCUAUACUUCCAGUAAACUAGACUGAGAUUUGACAUAGACUCACAGGGAGUAGAUUUAUCCAGGUCCAAAAAGUUAAGUACUCUCACCACAUCACACAGCAAAAUUACCUCAGCCUAAUUAUGCAUCUUUAUAUUAAGUUUUCUCUCCCUGGAAAGACAGAGUGUUCCAAUAUACACUCUGUGUUUAAAGUUACUGUUAAAUGUAUAUAAUUUUUACCUUUGUUACUUCCUCUUCCUGUAAAGGACAAGUGUAUGAUACUGCUCUUUUGCCCCAAAAAUGUUGUAUUUGGUCAAGUUUCAGUGAUAAUUCUUGUGUCCUAAAUAAAUACUACAUUAUCCAUAAACUGUAGCUCUGUAGGUUGCGGGGAAAGAGACAAGUUCAACAGUAUCAAAUAACAAUGUUAACUAACUUUGAGCAUAUGAAAACAAGCUUUUUGCCUUACUAUAAACCACAAACUGAAUUUAAGAUCAGGUAUUGCACUUUGAGCAAUGCUUUUUCUCACAAUUUUAUCUUGAAAUAAAUAUUGUCUCCAGAUUUACAGAGGCCCCUUGGAGGGUGUUGAAAGCACUGGGAUUAGAAUUUUGGGACUGCAUACUUCCAUCCCUGAGUUUAGUAUUUGAGACCAUGUCACUUCAGAGGCCUGGGUAUAACUGAGGGGUUGUAUUAAAUGAGACCUUGUUGAUUAUAUGUGAGAUAAACCAAGACAGGUGUAUAGAAUUUUGACAGUAUGAGUUAAUUUUUUUUUUUUAUGUUGGGGAAAAAGUCCAUUUGUAAAACGUAGCCUGCCAGCAAAUUCUCUUCGGUGUCAACAUUGUCAGACAACCAUUAUUAUUUGUUUUGUAGCAGGUCCCUUCACAUCUUAGUGGUUCUUAGUCUAAGAACUUGAAUUUCAUCUCAGAAUGAAGAAAAACAAAGUUCACCUUGACAUGCAUGGGAAUUAGAUUGUGUGUAAAACGUUUUGAUGAAAAGGGCCAAAUUCAAACCUUGAGUAAGGGAGUGCAACUCUGCUGACUUCAGGAGACUUGGACCACUUACAUCGCAGCUAAAUAUGGCUCAAGGACCUUUUACUCAUAGUGGGCAAGUACAUCAUGCAACAGAUGAGAGUAGUGCAUGUUCAUUAAAUGUAUGUCUCAGCAGCAGUCUUUACUCGGUGUUGACUUAAAUAUUGCUGUCCUGAAUUUAAUUAGCAAUAUCUCUAUAUCCUCCCCACCCUCCUGGUUCAUGAGUCAGGGAAGCCCCAGGGAUCCUGCUGCCACUCUGGCUGCUGCCAGGGGCAAGCCCUGGGGGUCCUGCUGCCACUCUGGCCUCUGCCAGGAGGGGUGGGGAAACCCCAAGACACACUGAGCAGAGGUGGCUCCCAGCGCCCCUGGGACCACUGCUUAGGCAUUCCCUGGGCCAGCUGCAUCAGCCACUGCUUGGGCAGUCCCCAGGGCCAGCCACACUCUCUGCUACAGAAAUCACGGAGCCCUACUUAUGAGCAAGCUAUGCAGCUCUAGUUUUUGGUUAACUAUUCUAUUCCUUAAAGUUGAGAUUGGCCCAAACUAGAUCUGACCACCCCAAGCUUUGGGAUGUUUCAGAAUCUACAUGUGGAGCUAAACUUUGUAAUUGGCGUGCUCUACUUCUAUAAAAACUCAAAACUGGAGCCAAACUCUUGGAAAAUUGGUGAUCUUUGUUUGGCCUAAAGCUAUUACUAUAUUUGACAAUUGUUGGCUUGCAGAAGUGGCCUAACUGUAGUGCAACUUCAGAGUUUCUUUGUAACGAAAAGCAACUUACAAAGUAUACUGCAAAGAUUUUAUGUGGAUAUUUUAUAAUAGCAUUAGAUCGUUAAACCAGCCUGAGUCGUUGAAACCAGGUUCUUUUCUGGGAACUCAAAACUGAAACAGGUUCCUAAGAAAGUUGAACUUGGAGCGUGUUAGCAAAUGAACAGUUCUCUCUUUUCAGAACUUUUGCCCUUGCUUCAUGUUUAUAAAACAGCAACAACCUUGUGUUUUGCUCAGUGAAUUGCUGUUGACUAGGCCUGUGGCCAAUAUGUCCCAAGUUUUAUGGUAUUGUCUGUGGUACUUGUGUGUGGUUGUGUAACUUAUUGUGCAACAAUGUGAUUAGUGAAAUAAGUUUCCUUCAAGUCUUUCCAUUUCCUAGUCCACACAAUGACUCUCUUUUUCUAGAGCCUAGGACUCGGAAGGGGAAUGGGAGAGUACAUGUUUGUGCCCAUGUGAAUUUGAGUGCUUUGGGGUAAAUAAAGGAAAUCAGAAAUGGUUACUAUAUGAGUUGUGGGCACUAGAAAUACUGAGUACUUAGUAUUUUUCAAAGGGCUUGAUACUCUCCAUCUCCCUGCAGGGAAGGCCAGUAUUGAUAUGUAUGGUUGUUGAGGUACAAUGAAGUGAACUGAUGUAACUUACCCAAACUGACACAAACUUUGUGAUAGAGAUCGGUUAAGAACUCAGGAGUUCCUGGCUCUUGCAUUGUGUUCAAACUGCACCCCUGGUCUGACUAAACCACACGCUUACUUGAGAGAGCAUUGAUAUGUUCCUUACGCAGCCUUUCUGCCGUUUGCCAUUUGGCAGUCUCAUUGGCAUACUAAAAUACUGUCUUUAUGUGAAGCAUAAAUAUGUCCACAAUGCCUUUUGGCAAAAGCACUUCACAAAUCAACUGUCCUAAAAUCUUCAGUAGCAACUUACAUCAUCACUAGUCCCACUCUAGUUAGCAGCUUAGUGACCAAGCAUCAUUUUUUAAAUACCUAAAAUCCUGAAACUGCAGGUUUGAAUAGAAGCAGGGUCAAAUCCCAGUGACUCUUAAGGGGCAUAUUCUAGGAGGGCUUGUGACUUCUGAGAAUCAUAAGAUUUUAUGUGGUCUGAGUGAUGGUUUUUGCUCUGCCUCAGUCUGUGGCCACUGUAUGUUUUACUCCUCUUGUCAUGUUCUAUAGAUGAAAUAGCAAUGCACUGCUGGCAUUUUAGCUGCAGAGCUCCCUAAGCCAGUCAACAGGAAGUGCAAGAAUGUGUAUUUUGCACCCUCCUCCCCAAAGGCUCUGACAUAGUCCUCUGCCAGUUUGAGAUAUGAAAGACCUGAUCUGACCCAGUUCAGGAUUAACAGGAGCUGCUUUACCAUCACAAUG